UUCAAUCAAGGAAUCGUUCAUUAAGUGUUCGGUCCAGCUCGAUGUUAUGUGCUUUCUCUCGCACGAUUUAUUAUUUAUACGAUUGCAAAUCAUUCAUAUAAAGUAAAGCUGGUUUUGAAGUACGAAGCCCAGAAGGGCCAUAAGAAAUAAGAAAACGGAUAGCGUUGGGAUUUGACCUUCCUCUUAUAGAUGAUUGAGGAACAGAGAAAUGAAACCGCUACACCUAAUUGCACUGAUUUUGGUAUUCUGUCCAUGUUUUUUUAGCCAACUCUCAAAUAAAUCCUUCAAAGACGUUAUUCCUUGCGUAUCCCAAGAUCAUUUCGGCGUGCUAAAGGAAUUCUGGGAUGGCAUUAUUCCUGACACAGUUGAAGCUCUUAAAGUAGAUUCACGUUUUCCUGCAACUCCUUCGGUCUCAGUCUCUAUUGCUGACUUCGAAGACAGCGGUGGGCGCGGGGAUAACUAUGGUCAGCGGCUUACCGCCUAUUUUGUGGCACCAGAGACUGGAAACUACACAUUUUACAUGUCAUGUGACGACCAAUGCGAGCUGUCAAUCAGCACAGACCAUCAUGUGAUCAAUGCACGGAAGAUUAUUUGGAUUGCUAGCUGGACGGAUUUUAGGAAGUGGGAUAAAUUUGGGGCGAAACAGAAAUCCCAGCCGAUCGACCUAUCAGAGGGCUCUAUCUACUACCUGCAAGCUUUGAUGGCUCAAGGUCGGGGAAACGACCAUCUGUCCGUAGGAGCUAGAUUCCCGGAUGGAUUGUACGUUAGACCGCUGACCAGCAAGUAUCUUAUUCGCUAUAAGCCAGAUGAACGAUAUGGCGCUGCCUCUUCGGGAGCCUGGGGCGAAUGGUCCGCGUGCAGUGCUACGUGCGGCGAUGGCACUCAGUCACGUGACCGCACGUGCAUCGCCCCACCUCCUAUAUACAUCAAAACGAGGCUUAACGGAGUAGAUUCUCGGAAAUGUUUAGGAAUUAGAGCAUGCCCCGUCCCUCCCAGCCGCAUCACCCCAGGGACAAGCACAUCUUCCUCCGUGAUUAUCAGCUGGCAGCCAGUCACGUACGAAAACCCUGACAUCCGGGUUCGUGGUUACAACGUCACCUACACCAUUCUACCUAUCUUCCCAGCAUCCUCUAGGAACCGUCGUGCGGUCAGUCACGUGGUCUCCUCUCCAGAAGCUGGUCACGUAAUUGUGUCAGCUGACGUGCACUCAGUGGUGUUGCUCGGGCUGCGCGCGCAUAGGGAUUACUGCGUCAGGGUGGCGACGCUGACCAGUGACGGCCAGAGUAUGACGUCAUCCUGUGUUAACGUGACAACGGAGCAGACAGCUCCAAGCGCUGCGCCCACCGGCCUGUCCGCUGUCAAUAAGACAAGCCCUCACAAGGUCUCUGUUCAGUGGGGCCCUGUUCCACUUGGGGACCGGAAUGGAGUCAUUCUAGGGUACUAUAUACAGCUGUACCCGGUCAGUACUGCUGAUAAGGAGCCAAGAUCAAAGGACGCGAUGACUAUACGAGUUUUGGAUCCUGAGAUGGGCGCAUUAGUACCAGGUCUCCAAUCCUACACGGUCUACAGCGUCCGAGUGGCUGCAUUUACAGCAGAGGGGACUGGGCCAUUUUCUAAGGCUAUAUAUGUAGAAACGUGUCGGUGUCCAAAAAGGUUCUUUACAAACUGGUGGACCCUACCUCCGCUGACCACCAACACAACCGCGCCUGCUCUGCCAGAAGGAUCCUUUCCUCGAUUCUUGAACACCUUUAUUGCGCAUGCGUGCGGAAAAUGUCACAACCACAGAGAAACCGUGAUUAAAUACAUUACAUCAAACAUUCAAAGCCACAAGCCAAGCCAAUAUGACGUCAGAAAAAGCAUACGAAUGUCCGCUGACCUCAGCUUUCCUCUGACUGAACCGGAAGGCGAGGUCGGUCAAGAUGACGACCACGUGUUUGUGCCAGUCUUUAAAAUGAUGUCAUCUAUCGUCUACUUCCGGCGGAAGUUGUCUGGGGAGGUGUUUGCGCGGAUGGUUGGUUCGUCAGUUUUCCAGUGCUGGCCACUCGUGCUGCUUAUCAUCGUCCUGUCGAUUCUGUCUGGAAUGGUCAUGUGGUUCAUGGAUUUCAGAUACAACCAAGCGCAGUUCCCCUCGUCUUUUCUUCGCGGGGCGCUCGAAGGAACCUGGUGCGCGUUCAUUUCCAUGACCACUGUCGGAUACGGCGACAGAUAUGCCGUGUCGUUUCAAGCGCGUCUGUUCGCAAUAGCUUGGGUCCUAGUUGGCUUGGUGACAAUGUCAUUUUUCGUCGCCACUGUUGCGUCAUCUCUAACCGUGCAAAUCGUCAUCAUGACUAAAUUCCCGGAAUCUAGUGGAAAGGUUGGGGUUCUUGAAGGAUCGAUUGAAGUCCGUAUCGCCGCAAAAAUAAACGGAACCAAAGGAACAAAUGUUAUCGCCUUCCGAACUCAAGAUGAAUUGGUUGAAAAUCUGACCGAGGGAGAUCUGGAUGGAGUAUUGAUUGACGCACUGGGUGCAACAAGGACUGACUCACCCCUCCCCCUCACGGGCUACAAGCAGGUCAAGACAUAUGAUCUUACUUAUCAUUACGGGGUGUAUCUCGCUGGGGACGCUGCCAAGCUCGAGCAAUUGAUGAUUGAAUAUCUGGUGGAGAACCCAUUUGUGGUGGAGGAACCCGCUUAUGUGCUGAACACAAGUGAAUCAGAAAAUAAGACCGAGUCUGUUGCAAAGGCCGCAGAGGUUGUGCACAUAAAUUUCUUCGACCCUUCAAACUCGAUGUACGUGAUGAGUGUUCGCGUCACGCUAGGCGCCCUUAUCGGGGCGGUGUUGUGCGGGCUUAUCUACACGUGCUACCGAGACGGACGAUGCACCGGGACACAUAGAGGCUACCAGAAAGCGUCUUGUGGUCACCGGAUGACAGCAAAAGAGAUGCGCGUGGAACUACAAAAAGUGCUGGAGACAUUCUAUCAAAAUUGUCAAAAUGUUCAACGCCGGUUAAAAGCAAAACACGAACUCGAGAGAAAGUUAUGGAUACAUUACGCGAGGACAAAGGACACGCUCAAUGAUGUACAAAGUACACAAUGUUAAAUGGACGUGUCGCAUUUGUGAUAAACACGUGAUCUUAGUAGGCGCUCUCGGUGUAAAGUGUACACAAUGGUAAAGGGAUGUGUCGUGUUUGAGAAGAAAACGUGAACUCAAAAGUGGUCAUGGAACAUUAAAGGGAUAGUGUCAGGCAUGGGCGCAAAGAUGCUUUCCUUUAGAAAGUCUGGUACGCCAGACGACUAACAGUGCAGAAAAUAUCAAUUAUUUGAAAAGGGUUUUUUAUAUAACGUUAAUUUCCUCUUGAGCCGAUUUCCAAAUGUUUUGUGCCCUAUUGAUAUGUUUGACGACUGGAAUGCACAGUGUGUACAAUGUUGUAACGCAAAUAAGCACUAAUGGACAGUGCUCUUUUCCAAUGUUUGGAACAUGGCUUGUCCUAUGGCUGUUGUAACUCGUAGGAACAAUGCAAUCAAUAAAACAAUGUAUAUUAUUGUAUUCAUUUUAUUUAUAAUAAAACUUCAGAUCGAAAUUGA